ACCUCCGGGACACAACAAUGUCAACUACAUGACAAAGUCUUUGUUCAUGACAGCUCAUCAGAAUUUCAAGAAAACAUCUUUCAAAACAUCUGAACGAUGUCCUCUGAAUUCGUGCCGAUCAGAAUGCUCCAAUUUCAAGUGCUCUGACACCUCGAUUCUUUUUCAAAUGGAUGACAGAGAAGGGGAAGUUUCCGAGCGUCCUCUUAAAUCGUUACACAACAGAAUCGUAUCGCCAGUACUAUUCAUAAAUCACACAGGACGAAGAGUCAAUUUGAAAUGGUUCAAUUACAGUGGUGAAGAACAGUUAUUUGCCACCAUUGAGAGUCGAACGAACAAUCGCCUUAAAAUGAACACAUAUGUGACACAUCCUUGGAUUGCAGUAGACGAAGAAACGAAUGAAAGGCUGUUACUGAACUUCAAGGAAACAUUUUUUCCCGACGAGCCUGUUAUACGGGGAGUAGACUAUGAUACCCGAAGAUUCUAUGCUUCUAGAGCGGAAAUAAACAUAACAACACCAGUGUACAGUCUGGAGGAGUACUGCAUGAGGUUCCUUAGGAAGAUUGUUUUAUCACAGAACAUCAGGAAGUUACCCCUGCCACAGCCUAUUCUCAAUGAGAUUUUGCAGAAUGUUUCAUGAUCCAGUUAUAGACUACUUAAUUUUUCCCAUUAUAUCACGCACAAAAAAAAAUAAAAAAAACACUUUCUAAAACAUGAAAAUACAGCAAACAGGUGCAGUUUGGUAAAGGUUGUGUUUUGGAUUGGAGAGUGCUAGACACUGGAAUCAUAACCAUUUAUUUAUGAUUAAAAAUCCACUGAUGUCUUACCUGCAAGGUAUAUGCUUACUCUUCUAUGUGGUGGUUGGAAAAAAUUUUUAACCAAGUGUAAAACUGUGAACAAAUCACAGCAUGUAAAUCAUAUCACUAUAUGUAGAAUUAAUAAAUGGGUUGACUUUCAAAUAAGAAUUGAAUUUAAUGUUUCUAUGAGAAGCCACAAUUUUGCAGGGAUAUUGUAUUGGUUAACACAAAUUGCUAACAAGUCACAAACAAAAUUCUGUCAUUUUCCAAGACUGCUGAUGCUACUGCAUUUGAGUAGCAAUAGCAUGGGACUUAUUUCUUUGAAAAUAGCUUGCACACACCUAGCAGGUCAUGAAUCAAAUAUAAGCAGAUUCCUGUCUUAGAAAAA